GUCUCAAAGAGUGUGACAAAACUUGCCGUGAGAGAAUCCCGAGCUCAGGAUUUGAGGAAUGAAAUUCUCACCUCUAAAAAGUGACAAGGUUCUGAGCAAGAAGCCCCCUACUCCUCACCUGCGAGUUGUGCCUGAUUAUCUGUUGGAUGCAACAGCUAAAGAAGCCAACGAGAAAGUUAAGCUUGCGAGAGCUGCAAUGGGUAACAACAACCCUGGUCGCCGUGGAUUCAAGAAAGAUAAGGACCCCCUUAAGUCACUCAGUGCUCAGGGACCCAAGAAAGGAAGACGGGAAAGAAAAGAUGGCAGUGACAACCAUAAGCAAAAAAGAAACAAAGGUGAGAUACAAAACAAUGAGACAGAAAUGAUCAUAUCAUCAUCCUCAUGUGGACGGACUACUUGUGUCAAAUGGUGGCGGCAAGCAGAGAAGAUUGAGGUGCAAUCGUUAGAAGAGCUUCCAAAGCAGCUAUUCCUGGAAAUAUAUGAGCUUUCUCAAGCAAAGCUUGCAUUGCCUGACGUUAUCAAUUCUGGAGAGGAUACAGAAUCGAACCAAGGAGAAGAAGAUGUCAACACAAAAUGCAUAUCGUCCGUGAUCUCUGGGGUUGUUCAUGGUCUCAAUGCAACUGUGUUUGCGUAUGGUUCUACGGGAAGUUUGCAUACAAUAUUUGAUCUCAUAAAAAAGGACAAGAGCUCUGAUGAAUUUGAAGUUACCUGCUCCUAUCUUGAGGUUAUCUAUGAUUUGCUUGAAAAGUCAUCCGGCCAUUUGGAACUCAGAGAGGAUCCAGAGCAAGGAAUCAUUGUUGCUGGCCUCAGGUGUAUAAAGGUUCAGUCAGCUGAUAAGAUCCUUGAACUCUUGAACGUGGGGAACUGCCGACGGAAAACUGAAAGCAUGGAGGCUAAUGCAACAUCUUCUCGUCUAAAAGAACAAUAUAUUCAUCAAACAUCAUUAGGUGUUCAGCACUUCAAGGAGGUGCUGAGUGAUGGAAACUCGGGGGGACUAGGGAUGUUUUGGAAUGGUGAUAUGGGAGUCCAGGAACGUUCUUUGUCUGCCCACCAUAUUGAUCUGGUUAUUGAAGGCGGUCCAGGGGAACCUUCCUAG